AUGUCCGCUCCGCAAGCCGGGGAAUCAGGUGAGGCCAGUGGCAUUCAUACCGGCAAAUCGCAAUCACGACGAACAAGCCGGCGCAAUACCAUAUCAGAGGGUUCUGUGAGCCAAGCCAGCGAGAACCAGGCGAUCAUUUCGAAAAUCAACUUGCCGUUCCUCCCAAACCGUGGGAAAGGCCGACUGAACGUUUCGGAGGCGUCAAUUCCUGCACCCCAAAGCUCUGACAUCUCUGCCCAAGGACAAGUCUUUGUUUCUCACGAGCACCCCGGUGGAACAGUUGUCGAAGCUUUGCACGAUCGUUCAGAGAGGUCGAACGAAGCAGUGGAAAGUACACCUGGAGCCAGCGAACCGCCGGCAAAACUACCGAGAGACGAGCACUCCCAGCCUGUCGAUACACCCUCUGAUCCAGGUGUCGCUCAAGAAACUGCGCCUGACGACCCGAAAAAGGCUUCCAUGCCAACCACAAGACCCGGCGUGCCCCUAUUCACGCAAUCAGAGAGUGCCGUCGAGAUCAUAGCGGAACCAUUCGCCGGGUUUGGACCUAGUCAGGCGCGUUCGGUCCCUGCAAUCAGGAUCCACAGACCUAGUGGCACGGUUAUGGCCGCAUCAGUAGGAACAACAGCUAUGAACAGCGCCAAGGUACCGGCCACUCCUAUGCAGUCGGCACUUGAGCAAAGUCCCGCGGCUGCGGGCACUGCGCCGGUCAACACCCUUUCGACGACGGUAGCAGCUAUCCCAGCCCCCACCAACCUCCCGGUCGACCCCUCCAACGUGAGCAAUGCGAUCGGCGCAGCAACGUCUGCUGUAUCACUUCCCAGCUUGCCUGUGAGUGGCAAAGUUGGCAAAAGAAAGAGGGUUAUCCGGAAAACACGCAAGCUUGUUCUCAGAAGGCGCCUUCUGGCCAUUAUCAUUGGGCGCGAUCUUGCCAAUGUUGUCCAUCCACAACUCAACCCAGGUGCCAAUGUUGCUGGCAGCGUGCCCUUGCCUGUCGAUGGACCAAGUGACUUGGUCAGCAGCUAUACGAGCCGAACCGAGCGCAAACGAGACUUCCGCCGUCGCCAGUUGGACCAACGGAUUGCUGCUGCCAGAAUCCAUGCAGAAGCAGAGGAGAUUCACCGGUGCCGGAUAUGUCGAGGGCUGACGAGGACGAUGUCUCUACGACGUUAUCACCGACUUCAGCUCAAGAGAGACCGACCUGACAUGAAUACCUUCGACAGGCGUGCGACGGCCAUGAGUCGGGUGGCGGUAUUCAAGUGCAAAUGCGACAGACGACUACUUGGGGUUGCGAAUGAGGUGGCAGUCCGGGAUGCUGCGCCGACGCAGCAUUUGAGAGGUCCGGCUGCCAUUGAGCCUCCUUUGUCUGGAGUGGAGGCGGCCCAGCAGCGUUAA